CGCACCGGUACAGCCAGUUAGCUCUGAGCCGGCGUCUUGGGAAGUCGAUACGAUCUUGACUCAACGAAGCUGCUUGCUGUAGCUACUCUGUGACUCUAUCAAUAUCGUGGUUGGUGCAAUUGGUUUUUACUUUUGAGGAGUGAUGGCGCCACAAGCCCCAGAUCAGGAAGUUAAAGGGGAGCUGUUGGAAGAUGAUACGGCCCCCCACCACCACGACAUGGAGGUGCGAGAAGUAGAUAUAAGUCUACGGAGAAUCAUCCACGAUCUUCGUCAUCUGGACUGGUCUAAAGUAGUUUGGCGAAAUGCAAUAUUGUUCGCACUCUUACACAUGUACUCUGUGUAUGGGUUAUACCUGGCAAUUUUCGCAGUAAAGUGGAAAACGAUAGGUUUCAGUGUGUUGCUGUACUUCAUGGCUGCGUUAGGGAUUACAAUGGGUGCUCACCGCCUGUGGUCUCAUCGAUCUUACAAGGCAACUUUACCACUACGUGUGAUUCUUGCAGCUUUCCAGACACUGUCUUUCCAAAACGACAUCUUUGAGUGGGCCAGGGACCACCGAGUGCACCACAAAUACAGUGAAACAGACGCCGAUCCCCACAACGCACGCCGCGGCUUCUUUUUCUCUCACAUGGGGUGGCUCAUGUACCGCAAACACCCUAAAGUUAUUGAGAAGGGCCGUAACCUAGACCUGUCUGACCUGAAGGAAGAUGCAAUAGUGAUGUGGCAGCGCAAACACUACGUACCUGUGGUGUUAUUAACGUGCUUCGUGAUGCCCACCUUCCUCCCAUGGUUUUUCUGGGAGGAAAAUGCAGUCAACGCCCUAAUGGUGGCUGGCUUCCUUCGCUACACCACCGUCCUUCACGUCACCUGGCUUGUCAACUCCCUGGCUCAUUGGGUAGGAAACAAGCCCUUCGACAAGAGUAUUUACCCUUCCCAGAACCCCGUGGUGGCUUAUUUGGCGUUAGGCGAGGGCUGGCAUAACUAUCAUCACGUUUUCCCCUGGGAUUACCGCACCGCCGAGCUCGGGGGACUAGUCGACUACAACAUCACGAGCCUGGUCAUCGGCUUUUGCAGUAAGAUUGGGUUGGCUUAUGAUCUAAAGACAGUCACGCCGGAGAUGAUAGAGAAGCGAGCCAAUCGAACAGGAGACGGCAGUUACGUGGAAAACGCCAUGAAGACGAAGUGAGGAACUAGUUCUUAUUGCACAAAUGUAUAUUCUACACGCCCACAAGCACAAUGGCACUUCAAACACCUCUCCCAGCGCUCUAUAAAAGUUUUCUUGCAAGUCAAGGUAUUUAUAUACGUGUAGAGUAGAAGUGAUGUUCAAACUUCCAUGAGUAGGUUUUGUUUUUCAUUUGUUUUGGAUUUCAAUUUGAAUAACGGAACUAAUAUAAAGUAUAUAUAUAGUAAAUUUUUCUAAGAUUUUUUUUAUAAGGAAAACAUUCGAAUCCCAUGAUGAAAUACAAUUUUUCCUGAUAUGGCAGAAUAGAAUAAAAUGUUUGUCUUGGGUAGAAAUUAUAUAUGUAUGGAAACUGGUUGUACCCAAGUGAAAUCUGGGGUGUAUUUCCCCCGGUAAACAAAAGGUUUUUGGGUAUUAAUUAGGUUAUUUAGUUCAUCUAAUUUAUAUUUUGUUUAAACAAGUUUAACAUUUGUAAUUUGCUGUGAACUUGAAUUAAUUUGGAAAUAUUCAGAAAACUUUAUUUAAUGUUCAAACUUGUAAAUUCCUGGCGGCGUACCUCAUUUGGUGCGACGCUCAAAGAUAAGCGGUAGUACGUGUCAAGAUCAUUAUCAUUAAAAUACAUUAGUUCGUUCUUGAGUUGUCACUCAGAUUUAAGUCUCCGAAAUGUUGAAGCAAAUUUUUUGAUUCGGAACUUCAUUAUGGAUGACCGAUUUAGGACAUGCUCCCUUGAAGUUCCACGAAGCAUGUUAACUACAGUACUCAUUGAAGGUGGCAACAAACGAGUUUAUUGUAACUUAUUUAAUUUUAAAGCGUGUCUUCUUGAUUCUUGCAACUUGAAGGGUUGGUUUGUUUGGCAUUGUUUGUACCUAGACUUGGCACUAUAAGUAAGGAAUUUUAAGUGAAAUUUAUGCAUAAAUAUAGUUUGAUCAUUAUUAAGCAAUACUUUAUAUAUAUAUAUUACUUUUGGUUUUAGACAUUGUCCAUAAUUAUCAUGCUUGUCACCAUCCAGACUGGGAAACCUUUUCAAGCUAACAUUCUUGUAUGCCAGCCAAUUUUGUCAUGUUUUCUUUUUCGUACAGCAGUAUGGCCGUGUCUAUAAGUAACCUUUCUCUACCCUCUUUGUCAAUGAUCUGCCUAAUUAACAUUAAUCACAUGACCAUUCACUAUAUACGAUACCUUUUAUCUUUCUAGUCAUAGUUUAAUUAUUAAUGGUAAUGGACGUAGAGAUUCGUCAACGCCACACAAAAAUCUCAGCCUCAUUCUCUAGCCUACAAAUAACCUUCCCCCUACCUUGAUCGUAACUGAGAAAACGUGAGACCGUGAGUCACUGCUUUGGGGGACUGCUUCAUGUCUUCCUCGGUCUCCCGUUAUUUCUUAUCAUAGUUGUUAAAAAAUCAUAUUCUUUAUACGUGAAUUUAAAAGUUAAGGAAUUUCAUAUGGAUAUUUUAUAUAAAUUAGACUUCAUAUCGAUUAAUUUUGUCACUGUCGGUUACGCUUUUAAACUUCCACGUGGAUUAAAUCAAUAAAACAUAAUUUCAUCUUGAUAGGUAGAGCGACGUGGCCGUAGUAUCAGAGUAUUGGCUAAGACGGUAUCAAAUGGCUUUAGAAACCCACAUUAUAUUUUCUGCGCUCUUAAAUGAAAUGAAGUGAAGUAGUGUUACUUCAGCCAACUGUAAACCCGUGGACUGAAUAAAGUUUUCAAAAUAUUUCAGAGUUGAGUUGUGUUGUGUUGUAGUGUAAGAGGUGUGUAGGAUGGUGGUUCGCACGAGUGAGGAAUCCAAGUACUUUGUUUACCUCUAUCAGCUGACUAGGUUGAGCACAUGCCCGCCCUCACCUGACCACGUAACCGGAGUUAUUUAGAGUAUAUUUCUCGAUUGUGUAUGAGCUGCAUUACCAUUCACUAUUUUGUUACGUGUACUAAAAGUUUAUGGUGGUGCCAAAGGGUGUAUUUAUAAUUGACACCACCAUUUAUUAUUCUUGAGUGUAAUACAUUGCCCUUGUCGUCAUAACCUCAAUAACAGACGAGGGACUAGUUAAAAUGACUUUUACCAGAACAUGUGUUGCCCAAGAGUAGGGGAAUAGUGGUGUCCUGAUUCACCAUACCUCGCUGGUGAGUCUGGUGUUGCCUGCACCACCAUUGCCUCCUGGCGAGUCUGGUGCUGCCUGCACCACCACUGCCUGCUGGUGAGCUUGGUGCUGCCUGCACCACCACUGCCUCCUGGUGAGCCUGGUGCUGCCUGCUGGUGGCAAAUUUACCCACUUUCGCCCACUCUACUUUGGAAGGCUUCAUGUGGCUCCAGUAAAACUAUUAUUUUUUUGUCAAUCUUAUCUGUGGCAUUGGAUAUUUGUCCAUGGUUAGGCAACAGCAAGUUUAAAGUGAUCACUUAUUAAAUACAUUUGAUACCAGCAAGGUUAGUUAUAUACUGGUUUUGAUAAUCAAUGUUUGACGUUCAAACAUCGUGAAUGAAUUGUUUAUAUUAUAUGUAUAUGCAGAAGUUUAGUGAACUAUUUGAAACAUAGUGACCUGUCAGUGUCUGAUAGGUUAUAUAUUCUUUUGUAUUGCCACCAUCUGAAGGGUGUUACUGAACUUUUGUAACAAUUUGAGAAUGGUAGAAUUAUUUUUUCCUGCGUGAUAGAAUUUCAUCAGAGUAAUCUGGUAUAAAUCACAUGUGAUAGAAUGUUACCCCAUGUAUUGGAGUGUGAUGAGUACGAUAGAGGCCAUGGUUACAUUCCAGCAAAGCUUAAUAUUACGAAGAUAAAACAUUAAACCGUGUGAUAUAAGCAUUCAUAUCAAAAUUGUCAAAUGUAUAAUUCUUUGAAAUUGACUGUAUUAACUUGCAGGAGAAUAUAUAGUUACUAGUUAUAUCUCAACUACUGUAUAUGGUGUUCAUAGGUAGGGUUGGGCAAGCCAGCCUAGCCACAGACGAGCACCCACUGCCCACAGUCCGGUGUGUUUGGUGGCUCUUCCUUACUUUACUCUUGCAGUACCACUCAGGAUUGUGAACUGUUAAUUUUCACACGACCAGUCAAGAGCUCAUCCUGACCUUUUGAAUGACCAAUUGGAUUGCAGUAUUAGAUUCACUCACUGGACCAAUCAAAUUCUGAUUGAAGUUUCCGCUCCCAAAUAGGCUACAUGCUUAUGUAUGGAUUUGUAUAAUGUUCCUUGUUUAGUUUAUUAUGCAAGCUGAUUAUGUACUGCAUGUUGUAUUAUACCAGCCUAUACCACAGUACCUCCGGAAGACCGGUGUGCUUGAUAAAUGCCAUAUCUUCACGAUUGGGCCCUCCCUUGCUUUGUACUGUAUUUAGCUCUACCGAUUCAUCAAAUAUAUGAAGGAGUCCCAGUCAUGGGUUGUGUAUUGAUUGUAUUAAUUAUCAUGUAUGCUUUAAAGACACUCCAGUAUUUGUACAGGGCUGCCACAUACAUAGUUUGAUGAAUCGGUUUUUAUAAUAUCUGCUGUAAUGUUUGUUUUGCUGUCAAGGCUGUUGUAUGAUAUAUUCUCCUCUGCUGGUUCUGUAUUAUCAUGUAUUACCCAUUCCAGUCCUGUUGUAUAAAAUACAUUUCUCCGUGCUGGUUCUUCUGUAUAAUGUAAUAUCAUUCUCAGUCGUGUUGUAAGACAAAAAAAAAACCUUCUGUGAUAUGUGCUACAAUGCAACUGCUUCAGGAAAGGUUGAGAAGACAUGAUGUCACCGUGUCACAUUGGACCGUGUCAACUGCGUGUCUAACGGCGAACGACGCUGCAAAUCAUUCCUCUACACGCAAACACCCCGCCAUGUCAUUUCUUACCUCUCCAGGUGUACAUACAUACAUUCUCACAAAAAAUAACUCCAGGUUCAUACCUUAACCAGUAUCAUGGUACCAUUUUUAUAUCAUAUAUACUUAUAGUUGUGUGAAAUGUGUUUUAAGGGAAAUUAUUUUCUUUACUUGUCCUGAAACGGAUCCGACUUCUACUGCAUUAAGUCGACCAUUUGCAUAUUUUUUUCGUAUUAUAAUUUGAUUUUUGUUCUGUACUUUCGUAAGCUGUUGUCUGUUGAUUUUUUGUAUUGUGUGACUGUUUUGAGUUGACCAAACCGUUUCACGUUUAAGGUAAGAGUUCUCAAUUUUUAUUCUCGCAUUUUAGGGGUGACGGUGAAGCUUGAUCAACAGAUUCCCGUUGAGAUGUUAGUCUUUGACCACUCCCUAGUACCACUUCCCAGAGUACUGUUAUUGCCAUACUAUCACUUUUCGGACCACAAUGUCAAUAUUACCAGACUGCUACCGUCAACCCCCACAACAGGUUUGGGUGUCCCCACUGGGCUCUGGCACAGCCUUGUUGACGUCAGUUUUUACAACACUACCUAGUGACCAAUGUUUGGUAUAAUCUGGUUACCCACUUCAAUUUUGUACGGUUUUAGUAUGAUUGAUUUAUGUUCCAUUUGAAUACUUAUAAAGGUUUAUUGUUAUUUCAACAAACAUUUAUUUUUUCAUGUUUUUGUACUGAUGGCGUGUUGGGUGGCGCCAGCGUCCAGACACGUGUUAUCAUGGGAGACCUUUGCUGAAGUCAUCACAAUAUGUUAUAAGAUGACCUGCCUGACAAGCAAUGCAAUUGCAUGGAAGGUUAAUUAUUUUGUAAAGACUUUUUCAGAAAUUGAUGUAAAGCUGUUGCUCCUUAAGUGUACUUCAGAAAUUAUUGAAAUCAGAUGAGGUGUAAUAAUGUUAUUUUUUGAAAAUGUAAUUAUAUACCUUUUGAAUCUACAUGUCUAAAUAGGUUACUAGUCUUCCUUGGAAAGUUAUCAAAAUUGUAGUCAAUAAAAUGCGAUGUAAU